AUGUUCUAACAGUCGUGUUGGGUUCUUAUUCCAGAUCUGCAGUCAGUCUUGCAGAGAUUUGGUUCUGAUGGGUCCCUGCUGAAGGCGUCGGUUCUGAUUGGCUGUUCUGAACAGAACCAGACUCAGUUCUGCCUGGAUGUCGGAGAACUGGAUCAGGCAGGUGUAGCCGAGGCGUGUCGGGGAACCUUUAUGGAUCUGUCUCCUCUAGUAGCCAAGGGCCAGGCGCUGCUGCGCUGGCAUCAGACAAAUAGGUUCUGCAGCGCUACCGGCCAGCCAACCGUCCGGAACCAGGCUGGCAGCCAGAGGGUCUGCAGCGGCAACAGGUCCAUCAUCUACUACCCGAAGAUGUCUCCGGUGGUCCUCGUCCUGGUGUCUGAUGGGACGCGCUGCCUGUUGGGCCGUCAGGCCUCUUUUCCACCAGGCCUCUAUAGCGCUCUGGCUGGUUUCUGUGACAUGGGUGAGACUCUGGAGGAGGCUCUGUGCAGGGAGGUGGCAGAGGAGGUUAGUCUGGAGGUCCAGAGCAUCUCGUACAGUUCCUCGCAGCACUGGCCGUUCCCUCACAGCUCUUUCAUGUUGGGCUGCCAUGCCACCGUUAGCCCCGCCCACAUUCAGCUGGACGUGGACCGCUCGGAGCUGGAGGACGCUCGCUGGUUCUCUCUAGAGGAAAUCACCUGCGCUCUCCAGGUGAAGACUCCACCCAGAAGAGGUGACCCCCCCACCGUCUGGCUGCCCCCCCAACAGGCCCUGGCCAAUCACCUGAUCACGGAGUGGUGGGACCGCCAGCGACGCAGCGAGAACUCAGCCUGACGUCUGAACACAUUGAAGAGCAGAUGACAGCCCCGCCCCCUUCUGGCUCCGCCCCUCUAGCAGAUAUAAGAUGGCCAUUUCUGUUGGAGCCGUCCAGCCUAAGGGUCACAUGACCUCCACACCUGAUCCUCACUUAUACCUUCAUAGAAGAGGGGGUGGGGCUGAGGGCGGGGCCAGGUCCACUUGUACCUUACAGGUGUUUAUCAGAUCCGGCUCCACCUGGACUCCAUGGCCUUCUCUGAUCGGUCCCACAGCAAAAUGAGCUGAGACUCGGACAAAGUUUGCGGUGGUUCUGAUUUGUUCUGACAGAGGAGCCAUUCACCUGAAGAUUCUGGUCCCCGGUGGACCUCCAGAGUCCUCCGUAGAUGGGGCGGACCUCACCUGAGCCACUGCUGCACUGGGAUGGACCAGAGGCCUUGAGAUGGACCGAGCAGUGAAGGACAGAAUUUCAAAACAGGGCUUUAAUUUUCACCGACAAGUAUCUAAAACAGUUUAGUAAUAAAUGUUAAUGAUUAAAUUCAAAUAAAUCAAAUAUUGGUCCAUAAAUUAAACCAUAAAUCUGAUUCACUGUCGUCAUGGAAACUAGCUUUGAUUUAUAAAAAAGUUUGUUCAAACAUUUUCAGUCUAAAAUCUGGAACUCCAGGAAGUUAAAAUAAAAACUGAAUUUAAAGCUUCUUUAAUGUGUUCACAUCAGACUAAAAAAAACUUUAUUGAUCAGCUGAUGGUGGAUUUGUUUUAUUUAAACAGUCAUUGUUGACAAAAACAACCUGAAAUAUGACUUUGAAAAGAAAACGAACUAAAAAUCUGAUGUUAUAUUAAA